AGGUAAUACAUGAUUUUUGCCGUACCUUAUUAGAAGAAAAACAGAACAGGUAAACAUGAAAACCGGAAGAUCUGACUUUAAAACAAAGUAUAACAAGAUUAAAUCACGUGUCAAAAACUAUAUAUUAGAAAAUUCUUCUAUUGUUGAUGAAGUUUGUUACUUGCAAUCGGAGCUAGCUGCAGCCCGAGAGGAGAGGUUAUUCUUAAUUGAACGCUUGAUGUUCCAUGAAGGAUUAGACAAAAGCGCUAAUUUAUCAGCUUCAUUCCUAAAUGACAAUCACGAUGUUGGAAAAAAAUCUAUUGUAGAAACACAGAACUCUUUAAUGACUGAAAGAGACAACAAACCUCAGGAGGUUUCUACGUCAUUAAAGAAAAUUUCGUUGUUCCCAUUAAAGUUAAAUAAUAUUCUCAUACACACUCUGGGCGAAAUUAUACCAUCGAAUCCAAAUUUUCAUAAUGCAAACUGGAUAUACCCUGUAGGCUAUGUUGCUACUAGAAUAUAUGCUCACCCCAGCGAUCCCCGAAAGAAAUGCGUAUUCACCUGUAAAAUACUAAAUAACGCGGGAGUGCCUCAAUUUCAAUUAAUUCCUGAUAAUGAUUUGGAUGGAGUAUUUUUUGGAGAAACUGCUAACAUAUGUCAUCAGGAGUUGUUAAAUAGAAUUCAGAGUUUAAUAAAGGAAUCUACGAAGAUACAACUUAAAGCUAAAGGCGAAAUAUUUUUUGGAUUAUCGAACCAAAGCGUGCAUACCAUUCUUUUGAAAGAUACGAGAGUCCAUCAGUGCUCCAAAUUUAAAGGCUUUAGCGUAGAAGACACUUCGAACAGUAUUGAUAGCAAUGAUCCCACAUUAUCAUUCACAGAGCUACAGCAUUACUUAAGCUAGGUUUGAAUUGUAGCGUUAUAAAUUAUAGAACUUAUAAUUAUAUACAUAUGUUUCAAAUGGCGAUACUUAAGAAUAAAUGUUAUUGAUAGAUAUAUGCAAAAGAUUCCUUACUUUUAUAAACUUAGGAGAUAUUUUUUCCAUUUAAACCGCAACAGGCGCUUUCUGACGCGUCAUGCGUCACUAUGCCAUUAUUUUAUGUUAAAGUGGAUGUUGUAUAGCUAAUAGUAUAUUUUAAAAUAAUAUAAAAUGAUUUUUGAGCGUCAAACAAAAUAAAUU